UUGCCGGUGGCAGCGUCGACAACAGAGACAACGAAGAAGCCAAGUAAGAAGCAGAUACGAUAAUCUGAACUUGGACAUAGUGAUAGAACUUUAAUUUUUUGCGCAAUGGACAAAUACGAAUUACUAAAACAAGUUGGCGAGGGUUCCUUUGGCCAAGUAUUCAAGGCCAAAAGAAAGUGCGAUGGUGCAACCGUAGCUUAUAAAGUCACGAGAAAAAAAGGCCGAUCAUCCAAAGAGCUCAAGAGUUUGCGUCGCGAGUGUGAGAUUCAAAAGGAUAUGCAUCACCCAAACAUAAUACAGAUGCUUGAUUCAUUUGAAACUGAAACAAAGAUUGUGGUGGUAACGGAAUAUGUGGAUAAAGAAUUAUACGAAAUUCUGGGAAAAGCUGGAAGACUAUCCGAGGAUCGCGCGCAGGUAAUUUCCUGCGAUCUUGUAUCUGCCCUUCAUUAUUUACACUCAAACAGAAUCGUACACAGAGAUAUGAAGCCGCAAAACGUUUUGUUAGAUACGAAUGGGGUGGCGAAGCUCUGCGACUUUGGCUUCGCCCGCCUCAUGAGCCUUGGCACACACGUCUUAAUGUCCAUUAAAGGAACGCCACUUUACAUGGCUCCCGAACUUAUUGACGAACUUCCUUAUGAUCACAAUGUUGAUUUGUGGUCUCUUGGAUGCAUAGUUUAUGAAUUAGUCACAGGUGUACCGCCAUUCCCAACGUCUUCAAUGCGUCAUCUUGUUAAAUUAAUAAGACACGAUGAAAUAAAAUGGCCCGAUCACAUCUCCGCGCACUGCAAAACUUUUCUGCAGGGUUUACUGCAGAAGGAUCCAUCUCAGAGAUUAACAUGGCCUAAUCUCUUAGAGCAUUCUUUCGUAAAGGGUCGGAUCUUGACAGUGGACGAGAACAUGCCCCGAUCUUUGACUACACCACUUUCAGCAAGUCAGGCACGCGCCAAGCAGCAGCAGCUUCAAAGUCUGGCCUCGCGUUUUACAAGUCAAUCAAAGAAAAUUUUGGAGAAACAAAUAAAGAAGAUACAUUCACAAGUACUGCGUAGAAGUGAACCGAGUGGUUCGGAAUCUAGCGCCAGUGUCGACGUUUUAUUAAACAACCUUAGCUUGAGGGCGUCGUUACGUAGUGAUCUUAUAGCUGCCGAUCAUGUCUUGUGUCAAGUCAAUUGUCCGAUCAUCGAUGAUGAAUUCCAAGUCAAGCAGCAACAACACGAGCAACAGUUCGUUGGUGUGCAUCUAGAGAGCAUAAAACCCAAGAGCGACUGUUUUGUUAAUGCCAACACCUCCGAGAAUCCUAUUAUGGUACCUGCAGCUUGUUGCAUAGUUGCACUGCAUCACAAUAAUGCAAACAUGCAAGCAGCUUGGCCGAUAGACAAUGUCAAUGGGGUGACGGCGCCUAGCUGUUGUCUUACAUUACAGAAUAACUGUAAAUCCGAAACUUGCUGUCUGCCAAAUUUUAACAAAGCCAACUCGGCUACAUGUUUUUCAACAUCGAUGGAUAAUCUUAACUCCGACUAUAAACAAACAUUCUUACGACAAAGUUGUGAGCAAAACAAAGAUAUCGUCUUGAAUGCGAACAAUAUCAUGCAGAGACGCACUAGAAUACCCGAUUGGAUUCCCAACGACACGGAGCAGCCUAUCGAAAACGAAGAAUGGGUAGUAUUCCUUCAGCGAUCCAUGGAAGAAAUGAUGGAUGGAGAGAUCGAGUCCCUCCUCCAGGAGAAUUGCAUGUCCGUGUUCGUAUCGCCUCUUAAAAAUCCAGCAUCCAGUUGUCGAGUUGUUGAGUAUAUAUCUUGCCUUAUGUCCCUACCUUUCGUCCUUGGAUGCAUCACGGGUGAAGAUCUCGAAAGGAUUCAGCGAGUUUAUUUAGACGUGAGAAUCGUACCGAAUCUAGUAUAUGCGGUCAAAUUGCUCAUGAGCAUGAAAUGUUAUAACACAAAAACUGAUGCUUCUUCUUCCGCUGCGAUGAAUAAAUGGAGAUCCAGCCAUACUUUUUCAACGGAUGAACUUAGAGCUCUAGAAAAUACGAUGCUGUUAUUGUGUAGACUUGUCCAUGAGAAACUAGAUUUUUUGAUACAGUUUUGCGACGCCAUUUGCGUUGUACCUGACGGACUGCAGUUGUUUCAGCAAUUAUUAGAUUUGGAACAAAUAAAAGCAAGAGUAGUAUCUGAUCUUAUUGCGAUGAUGAGCCAAGUUCUCCGUUCAAGGACUGGCAAUAUUGAAAUUGUCGAUGGCAUUUUGUUGAAAAAUAAAUCAGCUGAUGAGUUAAUAGAUCUUUUUACAAAGCUUGUAACUCAUAAACAAAGCAAAGUUCGAUUACAAGUUUGUAUUUUCCUUUUAUUGCUGGGAAAAUCCAAUCAUAAGAUGUUACAGCGCAUCUGGGGAAAAUCUUUAAGAAGUAGCCUUGAAAGUCUUGUGGAAGAUAGAGAUAAAUCUGUUCAAGAAGUACGUAUUACUAUAUUUUUAAUAAUUUAUUUUUAUUUGUCUUCAAUACUAAUUCGCUUGCAUAUUAUAUCGUUAGACUGCUUUAGAGGCCAUAUUGUUAUUAAAGCAACUACCAUUUUAUAGUCAAGAUAAAGAUACUUGGAACAUGACCGAAACGUAAAAGGAUUUUGAAAAGGAUUAAAAUGCAGAUGAAAUUAAAAUUAAAUGCUUAUUAUUGUUAACAAAUUUUUUUGUAUUCGUAUACUU